UGACAGCUUGGUGCAAUCUAAACGGAGAGGCUGCGUAACGUCAGUCCGUGAUGUUAGCCAGCACCGUUAGCAUGCGAGGCUACUUAACGGCAACUAGACUCUGUGUAACGACAGUGUUUUCCGGGCGAGCCUGAGGGUCAGAGCUGCUCUUAAUGAAGGUGGAAUUACGACGGACGACAGUAUAAAACGAGUAAGCGGCGAUCCCCCACUGACUGACACCCUGCGAUUCCUGUGGUUCCCCCGCAUCCUGUCUCCCAGCAUCCAACUUCAGUGCGUCGGGGUUCUGACGGGGGUUUGGACUAUCAUUGGACGCUUUAUUAAGUGGCUAUUCGGUCUGGCGCAGCCUCCCCCUGGGGCUGUACCUAACCCACAAGAUGGAGGCGUUUCUCUGGAGCCCUUCAUACACCAGGUGGGGGGUCACACCAGCAUGAUGUGGUACGAUGACCACACCGUGUGUAAGCCUCUGAUCAGCAGAGAGCAGCGCUUCUAUGAGUCUCUGCCUCCUGAGAUGAAGGAGUUCACUUCCGAGUAUAAAGGCGUGGUUCUGGUGUGCUUCGAAGGCGACUCCGACGACUCCAUCAACCUGGUGGCGUACCCGUACGUGGACAACAUGGAGGACAUGACGGAGGAGCUGGAGGAGCAGGCCGAGCAGAGGGAGGAGCGGGCUGAGCAGAGUUCUGUGAAACAGAGCCCCCGGCUGGACCCAAAGGUCCGCUCGGACGUCCUGUUCCAGAUGCUGGACUCAAAGAGCGGCGUGGCCUCGGAGAAGAUCAGCCUCAACCCCUGGAGCCUGGUGUGCCACAAGCAGCAGCUCAACCGCAUGAGAUCCGAGUCCAAGGACCGCAAGCCCUUCAAGUGCCUGCUGCUGGAGAACAUCGUCCACCCCUUCUCUUUCCCCUGCAUCCUGGACCUGAAGAUGGGAACCCGGCAGCAUAGCGACGACGCCUCGGAGGAGAAGGCGGCCCGACAGAUAAAGAAAUGCGAACAGAGCACUUCGGCGAAGCUGGGCGUCAGACUGUGUGGCAUGCAGGUGUACCAGCUGAGCACCGGCCUCUACCUGUGCAAGAACAAGUACUACGGGCGCGACCUGUCGAAGGAAGGGUUCCGCCAGGCGCUCCGCCAGUUCCUGGACAACGGGAAGGGCCUGAGACGGGACCUCUUUGAGCCGAUCCUGAAUAAGCUCCGCAGCCUGAAGGUGGUGCUAGAGAGGCAGGAGUCGUACCGCUUCUACUCUUCCUCGCUGCUCAUCAUCUACGAGGGAAAGGAGUCUGAAACCGCCCCGCCGCCCGGCCCUGGGCAGAGCGCCGCCCCUGCAGACGUCCACGCCGCUCCCUCUCCUCACUCCGACAUUUCCAGUGAAACAGACUUCAACCAGAACCAGGACCAAGACUCGGACCUGGAGCCUCUGUCCUCUCAGGGACCCAGACAUUCGGUGCCAGACGCCCCCCCCUCUCCCUUCCCGCCCAGCGUGACGGACUGCUGCCCCUUUGUGCCCUGCCCCCCGUCAAAAUGUCCCUCCCCGCCGCUGCCGCCUCAGCAGCCCCCUCUGGUGGACGUUCGCAUGAUCGACUUUGCCCACUCCACCUUCAGGGGUUUCCUCGACGACAAGGUCGUGCACAAAGGCCCGGACCAUGGCUACCUGUUCGGACUGGAGAACCUGAUCCAUAUUCUAGAGGACUUUCGAGACGAGAACCUGCCGUAGCUCCAGAGGCUCCCGCGCGGUUCUGUUGGACCAAACCGCCUCGGUUCUGUUCAAUAAACAACAAAAAAAGUCCUCCCACUCUAGAGACUGAUCGGUCUUUAAGCAAACACACACACACACACACCUCUUACUGUGAGUCCAUUCAGGUCGGACCGCACCGAGGAGACGGGACGGCGCCGCCAAAAUGGCCGCACACCAAACUGACCUCUCGUUAUGAGGACCUCCGUGGUUUAAAGCAUUCCCUCACCAUCACACAUCAAUGCCUAACCACAGAGCGGCAGUGACAUCACAGCAGGUGGCCCGCCGCCGUCCUGAGGGGAUUUUAACUGCUUUAAUCCAGAACAGUGCCGGUUCUGAUAAAAAGUUAGAAACAGCAGCUGAAACUACAGAGAAGGGUUUUAAUUGUGCAUAAAUGUAAAACAAAAGCGGCGCCUGCAACCCGUCGGCUGGCAGAAGAAGGGAACCGGUGUGGCCACUAGGGGGAGUGUUUUUCUAGAUUAAAGCAUAUCUUUAAGGGAAGCUCAAAAAUCAGAGGAUUUUUCUCGUCCUGUCGGCCAGACUCAACGACAUCCUGGGAACAUUGUGGUUGGACGAAACGUCCACUGACCGACCAAUCAGCUCCAAUCCCAGCGCAGCUCCUCCUCCUAGCUCCUCAGAAACCGAAACCCACAACAGUGAAUAGGGGCCAAAAAAGAACCAAAUAUCCACUGAAAAACUCAGACAUUAAGAGAGUAAUUCCAGAAGUUUUCUAGAAAAAACAAGGAAAUUUAUGAUCUCUAAAAGUCUAAAAUGUGCAAGAAAAAAAAAUCGUAAUUUUUUUCUAGAAAACAUUUUGGAAAAUUUUCCACUUUCUCCAACCAAAUUUGCAAAAAUGUUUACUUUUGAAACUCCAAAUCUCCAAAAGAAAUUGACAUUUGAAAUUCAGUUUUUUUUCUAGAUAAUUUCUGAUAUUAAUCUCAAAAGGUUUUGUUUUGUUUUGUUUUUUGGCAGGAAUCUACUCGUUUCUUUUUUCUAACCAAAUUGGCCCCAAUACCCCGUGGUAGAACUCGUAUAACCUCAGAAAUGAAAGAAGAAGAAAAAAUCCCACUAAGAGACGCACCUGGCGAAGCAACAGGUGGUUCUGGAAGAGCGCAGUGGCGCCCCCUGGAAGGGAGAUCAGCAAUGCAGUGCAGCAGAAACAGGCACCCAGAGGGAAAUGUAUCCGUUUUAUUUUAAAACAUUGGGGAUUAAUCAGAAAUCUAACGUGGCCUGUGUCCUGUGAAGCUCAUUUGUAAUAUUUGAAGCAUAAAUGUCACUUUAAGAUCUGGUUCAGUGGUGUCCAGAUUAUUUUUUUUUAUUUUAUUUUUUGCUGUUAGCUGAUCUCAUGGAAAAAAGCCCUUCAUGAAUGCACUGAUGCAGCUCAGUUUGUAUGUUCUCAGAAAUGAAGUGAAUUUUUCUGUUUUUCGUAUUUCAAAUGAGCUCUGAAGCACCUGACCCUGAAGGCCAACAUGGCGCCUUUCCAUGGGAUUUGUUAACAGCACUGAUUAAAAAGUAGAGUAACACCACCCUCAACUAUCAGGGCUCGGUUAUAUAAUAUUUUUCUGAUAGAAAUGGGAAAUGAGACCAAAAAAUAAAUAUUAAUUAAAUUCCUUUUGAACAUUUCGCUGGUGUUGAAUUAUCACGCAACCCUGCCUCAAAAUAUAGAAGUUUAUAUUUAUAUAUAAAUCUAUGUUAGAGUCCUGUACCUGUCGGCAGUAGUGGCAAUAAUGUGUCCGUGUCUCUGGCUGCUUUGGAGUGCUUAGCCAAUCAGAUUCGUUGAUCUUCCUCCGCCUGAGGCUGAGGCUGGCCGAAGCGCGGCACCGCCCCCUGCUGGACAGCAACAGGUACUCAGCCUCAGGAGCAGGAACCAAACAGAGCAAAUAAUGUAUUUUAUUUUUGGUUUAUUAAGGUGAUAAUUUAUUUUUUUAUUGUACCUUUACCCACAGAUACGGGUAAGUGUUUUAUCCCCCACCUUUAAAAGUGUAAAAAUGUAAAGAUGUUGUUAGGAGGAGAGAAUAGAAGCAGUAUUAUUAUUGGAGCUAACUCGGCUCUGCUGCCUUGCUCUGGACCUGCGGUUCCGGUGGGGAAAACUGUUCAACGUGUCUGUGUGUGUUCUUUGAUUGUUGGUUUGUUUCACUCUUACAUCGACAGAGCCGGUUAAGAAAUAAAAUAAAUAAACCUGCAUGCUCAUCGACGUCCCUCCUGUUCAGACCGUUUUCCGCGCCACGUCAAACGUUACAGCCGUUACCGACCCACGGCCCGCUGUUACCUCCGAUCCUCAUGGUUGUUGGCUUCAGAUUGAUGGGACUUGAUCUUUUUUUUUUUUUUUUUUUUUUUUGCAUCCGACAUCACCCUGACUGUUUGUUAGAAAAGUGAAAAGUACGUGAGAUUAAAUCUUUCCAGAAGCUUUUGCCUCGUGUCGUGAUUCUUUCUCCAGGUUGUAGUGGCAUACCGGGAUCCACGAUUAGUUGUAACAAUAAAAUUUGAGAAAUAUUUGUUUUAGAUGUAAAAACAAUACGGUAAAGGUGUUUGGUUUUAAUACAUUUAGAUAAAAUAGUGUCACAUGGACUUUGCAACGUCUACAUUGCAAUGCAUUCUGGGUAAAUGACAUAUGCUAGGUCCCAGUAGUGCUAGCUCUGUCCAGCUAAAACAGUAAUGAGUUCCUGAGUUAUAUAGAGAAGUUUAAAAUCUGUUUUUACAAUCUAAAAUAUAGAUAUGCAUAAAAUUUGGAAAAAAUUGGAUGCAUUUUUCCCCAUGUAGGAUUUAAAAUGACAUAAAAAUAAAAAAGCACAGAUUCAGAACUAAAAACAUUACUGCUACUUUUAGUGUCAUUCUUUGUGGAAAUUCACUGUAAAUAUUGCAGGAAUAAACUGAAUAAUUGUUA